AUGUAUGCGCAUAAAGAUUCAAGCGGAAGAGUAAACAGACGAAUUCUCAGCGGAGCAGAGAUAUUCAUGUACCAGGCCAGACAGACGCCUCUGACAAAGGAAACGGCUAAAAUGUUCUGUCCUUGUCGUAAAUGCAACAAUACAAAGUUUGCUGCUAGUGAUACCGUUUGGAAACAUAUAGUAAAUAGAGGAUUUACUCCACAUUACUAUAUUUGGUUUAACCACGGAGAAGGUGAUAGUAGGAAUGAAGCUAGUAGUAGUAAUCAGGUUGAAAAUGUUCGUAAUAGAGUUGAACCACAUUUGCCUUCUGAAAGUGUCAUUCAAGAAGAUCAUAUGGUAGAUCAUGAUAGAAUGCAUGAUAUGGUUACCGAUGCAUUUCGUGAAACUACAUCAGUAAUAGAGGAGGUCGAAAAUGUAGAGGGGCCUAACUUGGAUGCAAAAAGAUUUUAUGAAAUGCUAGCAGCAGCUAAUGAGCCAAUUUAUGAAGGUUGUAGAGAAGAGUAUUUGCCUGAAGAGAAUUUGUGUGAUGUAUCUUAUUAUGAGAUUCAGAAACUUGUUCAUAGUCUUGGUUUACCUUCGGAGAUGAUUGAUGUUUGUAUAGACAACUGUAUGAUGAUACUGGGAAAAGACGCAGAAUUGUUAGAGUGUAAAUUUUGCAAGAAGCCACGAUAUAAACCGCAAGGACGUGGACGGAAUAGAGUGCCGUACCAGCGGAUGUGGUACUUACCUAUUAAGGAUAGACUGAAGAGAUUAUAUCAAUCUGCGAAGACGGCAGCAUCGAUGAGAUGGCAUGCAGAACAUGAUCAGAAGGAAGGAGAGAUCAAUCAUCCCUCUGAUGCAAAAGCUUGGAAGCACUUGAAUUCGGUGUACCCUGAUUUUGCAAGCAACCCCCGCAACGUUUAUCUUGGCUCUGCACAGAUGGCUUUAGUCCAUUUGGAAUGUCUGGAAGACAAUACUCCCUUUGGCCAGUCUUCUUGA